AAGCAUUAAUGUCUAUAAAAGCCCCAACAGCCAUUCUAUUUGACCCGAAGGGAAACUUUCACAGCUUUGGAUUUGAAGCAGAGGAAAAAAACGCCGACCUCGUUUUAGAAGACACGCAUCACGACUGGUUCUUCUUUAGACGAUUUAAGACAUUUCUCUACAACAAAAAGAUUCAUCGCUCAACUGAACUUGAGGCAGCCAAUGGAAAUAAAAUGAAUGCCAAAGAAGUUGUUGCCGCUGUUAUCAAGUAUUUGAAAGACCACUUGAUUCUUGAAUUAGCAACGAGAGGAACUUCAUUUGAAAAAGAUGAUAUACUCUGGAUUCUGACAGUACCCGCAAUAUGGACGGAUCCGGCGAAACAAUUUAUGAGAGAGGCCGCAUACAUGGGUGGUAUAGAAGAAGAGAGUCUGACCAUUGCUCUGGAACCGGAGGCUGCUUCUAUUUACUGUCAGACGGUCCCUUUUCGCAAUUUAAAAGAGGGAGAUGAGAAGAAAUUCAAACCAAUUUCUUCAGGGAAAAAAUAUAUCGUCAUUGAUUUAGGGGGUGGUACUAUGGAUGUUACUGUACACGAAAAACAGACUGAUGACAGAUUAAAAGAAGUCUACAAAGACAGUGACAGUACAGCUGGUUCGAUAAAAAUAGAUGACGAAUUCAUUCACAUGGUAGAAAAGAUUUUUGGAAAAGAAGUAUUUCUACUGUUCCAGAAGAAAUACCCAAGCUGUUAUAUCGAUUUACUUCGUGCGUUCGAAAAUCUAAAACCACAGCCGACUGAGAGAUAUUCAAACUGUCAAUAUCGAGUAAUCAAAAUUCCACAAACUCUUGAAGACGAAUACCAACAAUCAACUAAGCAGACCACGGAGGAAGCUAUUGAAGAGUCGGUUUACAAUGGCAAAAUUAAAUACAGUGUCAACAAGCUCAGAAUUCAUGUGGAUAUUAUAAAAAGCUUGUUUAAACCUUGCAUUGACAUGGUUGUCAGUCACAUUAGUAAUUUACUGAAUUACGAGGAAGUCAGAGGAACAGAUGUCUUCCUGUUGGUCGGCGGACUGUCGCAGUGUGAUCUAUUGCAAAAUUGCCUUAGGAAGAAAUUUCCGAACGUACAAAUAGUCAUUCCGGAUGAUUCUUCUGAAGUUGUUCUAAAAGGUGCCGUGCUUUUCGGUCACAGAUCGUUGGAAGUGUCCAGACAGCGUGUUUCUAAAUACUCAUACGGCCUAAGCGUAUCACCAUUAUACGAUCCGUCUAUCCAUCCUGAAAACCGACGCGUAAUUGUCGGUUCAACACACCGCUGUCGUGAUGUAUUCAUGAAAUUUAUCACUUGUGGAGAGGCCUGCAGAAUCGGUGACGCGCGGUCUUGGGAAAUCUCUCCGAUUUGGCCGAAUCAGCAAAAAAUAACAAUCAAGGUGUAUGAAUCCAGCAAUCCAAAUCCAAAAUUCGUUGAUGAGGACGGCACAAGGCACCUAGGAAAUAUAAUUGUUUACCUUCCGGGCAGUAAGGACACCAAUGUUGUUGUUAACGUCAGUAUGGUGUUUGGCGUAGAAGAGCUUAUUGUGGAAGCUACAGAAAUGACGAGUCGGAAAAGAUAUAGUGAAUACUUUGAUUGACUAUAAAAUGAAUCAGUUGGCAGGAAGAACUAUCAAAUUAGUU